AUCUAAAAUGAUAUUUCAACGAUCACACUUCUCUAUUAGUAAAAAUUUCAACAAAGUGUUGAAGGCUUUGAAUACAAUAGCACCAGAUUUUAUGGCUAAACCAGAGUCCGUACCAUACAUCAUCAGAGAGAGCACAAGGUUUUAUCCUUACUUUAAGGAUUGCGUUGGAGCAAUAGACGGGACCCAUAUUCCAGCAAUGGUAGUUGGGCGUGAAGUGAGUAGUUAUCGAAAUCGUCAUGGGACUAUAUCUCAAAAUGUCUUAGCUGUAUGCAAUUUUGAUAUGCAAUUCGUUUACGUGCUUAGUAGAUGGGAGGGUUCUGCCCAUGAUUCAAAAAUUUUAAAUGAUUCACUUUCUAGACCAAAUGGGCUCAAAGUGCCAUCAGAUUUGGAUUUGGAUUUCAAACAUGCCUUCAGGUCAAAUUUCAUGUUUGAAAACCUUUAAAAAUAUGGAUUGGUUUUGGGCUAAAUUCCUCUAAGGCAUGUUUGAGAACGGAAAUUUGGAUUUCAAAUUUAGAUUUGACUCCAAUUCUAUGUUUGGUAAUUCUAAAAAAAUUAUAUUUAAAUUUGAGGUUAAUUCCUCUCUAAUACAUUUCAAAGCUCACU